AGUUUGAUGACUUUGAUGAUGGCAAACGUCGUGGUGUGCAAGCAAGCAAAAGCAACGAAGCAGGCAGUAAGCGAGCAGCGUAGUUCGAUCUAGAUCGUCGUUUUCCUUCGUCACCUGUGGGGGAACAGAAUAAAUUGGGCCAAUCAGUGCCAGAAGUGGAAGAUUUCCAUUGCAGACGAUUGACUGCCAGAUUCGAUGAGAACUUAAAAUUGAAGGCAAAAACGAAGAAAGGAAAAAAAAAAACGGCUGUCACAAAUCAGGGAAGGAGGAGCAGGAAGAGGCGGAAGAGCGCAGUAGUGAAGUUUCUUUAUCCGUCGCUCGGUCCCCCAAACUAGCAGCCAGCAGCAGAAGGAGGAGCAGAACGAGGAAGAGCUCGGAACGGAACAAGCAGUAGCAGCAGAUUUUCAGAAUUAUUGUUCCAAAAUGUCUGAGAAUCGCGAGGAGAUUCUAGCGAACUUCCAGAGUAUAACCGCUAUUGAAGAUGUCGCGGAGGCUAUAUACCACUUAGAUGAAUGUAAUUGGGAUCUACUGUCCGCUGUCCAUCGGGUACUGCCACAGGAUCCCCAGGAACAGAGAUCGUCCGCCGGUGGCAGUGGUAGCGGUGGAGGUGGCGGAAGUAACAUCGGCAGUGGGGGAGGAGCUUUCGCAAGUUAUUCCAACAAUUUGAACAGUAUGGAAGCCACAGCAAACGUCGAAGAGCUGAUGACGGCUCCGUCAUCACCCGUCAAGAGUUCGGCCGGAGGAACGGCGGGAAGCAGUGCUGGGUCUAGCCACAGUCGCAAUUUGGACAUGGAUUUUUUCUUCGACGAUCCUUUCGGACUAAUUGAACCAGGAGCAUCAACAUCACGGUCUAGCAGCAGCAACGACUUUCGCAGUGCGCUCAACUAUUUGGACGUAACGCCGCAUGACGUAGUUUUUAGGAUUCACUUCAACAACGAUGUGCACAAGAUCACCGUUCCGAACACGGCUACGGUCGGCGAGUUGAAAGCCAAAAUUUGCGAAAAGACUGCCGUUCCGGUAUGUCGACAGGCAUUGAAGGGAUGGGAACCGGGUAAACAGAAAGAUUUACAAAAUUCAUCGACGGUGCUCAAGUCGCUCAACAUAGGCAAAGAGGUCAAUCUGAUCCUGUCCGACUUGACCGGAGAAGGCUUCAUGAGUGACGCCGAUCCACUCUCAUCGCAAAAUAGGCAAAACUACACGCUGCACAUCAACGUCCAACCGGAGGGUAACUUGCUCGAGUUGAAAUUCCCCGGCCAUCAGAAUAUUCUGUCGAUCAAAACCGACGUCUACACGAUCACGGACAUUCCGGUGCGGCAUCAGUUGUGGUUCGGCUGGCCGAACAACGUGACCAACAGUACGACACUGGCCGAGUCCGGCGUUGAACGCGAGCACAAUCUGGUGCUGAAGCGAGCAGACGAGGGAGCCAAGAUCACAAACAACAACAACGCGGCGGCCAAUACUGCCAGUGCCAGCACCAGCAGUAGCAGUAGGAACGUGUACAACAACAGUGAUAGCAUGCCCAUCACAAUUGAUUCGGAGAGCAGCGAAGAGUUUGAGGACGCUUCGGACUUCAACAACGACGACGAUAUUUUCACAGAAACGCCAAUCAACAGCCACUUGAAGCAUUUGAUUCCCGAUAACGUAGAUGAUGAAGCGAUCGGCAGCAUACAAUUUGUGGAGAACUUUGUCGAACGUUACGGACCCCAGCAUCCCAUGUUCUUCCAGGGUAGCUUGGAAGACGCACUAAAAGAAGCGUGCCGUCCAUCAGCUCGGGAUCGUAAGUUGUUGGCCAUCUACCUUCAUCACGACGGCAGUGUUCUGACGAACGUUUUCUGCGGUCAACUGUUGGCCUGCGAGAGCAUUAUCCAAAUGUUGUUGGAUCACUUUGUGCUGUACGGGUGGGAUCUAACAUUCGAAAGCAAUAAAAAUAUGUUUCUGUCAUCAAUAUCGGCUUGCGUUGGAAUGACCGCUUCGAUAACGGUCCGAAACAUUCCUGCCGACCGGUUGCCAGCCAUUCUUGUGAUAGCGAAAAAUCGUAGCCAGUGUGAAGUUUUCCAGGUGAUUUAUGGUAAUGUCAGUGUUGACGACCUGCUGUCGCAACUGAUGGAAGCGUCGGACAUGUAUGCCGAGCAGCUCAAGAUCGAAUUGCGUGAAGAGAAUGAGCGGUUAGCUCGAGAGCAAGUGAAGCUCGAACAGGACGCAGCGUACCGUGAAAGCUUGGAAGCAGAUCGAGCCAAGCAGGAAGCCAAACGGCAGAAGGAGCUGAUGAUGCAAUCGGAGCGCCGCCGGCUGGAAUCCGAGCGAGCCGAUGCUGAAGCGAAGCGGGAACUGAUCCGAGCUCAAGCGCGUAUUACCGUGCCUCCAGAGCCAGAGCAGACCACUGGAGAAAACAUAACAAAAAUUAGAAUUAGGACACCAGGCGGCUCAAUGCUGGAAAGACGCUUCACAACGGACACCCCACUGCGCAUUCUGUUGAACUACAUCACCGGCGAAGGGUUCCUAGUAGACGAGUUCAAGGUGAUUUCCAGCUGGCCGCGAAGAGACCUCACAACGCUGGACUACGAGAACACAAUGAAGGAUCUGAAGCUCUACCCCCAGGAGACCCUAAUACUGGAGGAGCGAUGAUUCGGUCGUGCUACCGAGCGCCUAUUUUUAUCGCCACAGUUUGUACCCUACACUGCAACCGUACAAUGGUGGUAAAUUGAGGCACCCGCAUUAGUAAUUUAUGUUCCCCAUGUUGUGCGCCAGUCGCAUGUACUGUUCGAUGCGUUUUCAGUUUCUCCCAUUUUUUAUUUUUACGGAAGAAAAGAAAGCGAGCCCUUAAAAUUAGGGUUUCUCUUCUCUGUAUUAUUUGUGGACAGUGUUUUAUUUCCAUGUGGCUCGCUUAUUCGGUGGAAAUCUCAAAAUUACUCUCGCCUCGCGGUAAACAUAUUCCGCGUCGGGGUUAGAGGAGAACGGUUUUUGUUUUUGAAUAGUUGGCUGAAAUUACGAUCGUACUAAACGAACAAAGAGCUAUGAUUUUAUAACAGUGAAAAAUGUGAAAUACUUGAAGCAAGUUACUUGAAAUUGCGUUAGGAAGAGAAACAUAAUUGGAAUGUGAAUAAUAGAAGCUAGCAUGCCAAUACAAUAUGUGGUCGGAAGCAGAAAGAGGAGCAAGAAAUAAACAACAUAAUCCUCAAGCUA